GCAAAGCCUCUCCUCCUCUCACCCCGACGGAUCCCUCUCGGACAGAAACGCAGCACGGCCGAAUAUCUUCCGCCGCCGCUUCGACACACUAGGGUUCAGCCGUCACAUCGUCGGCGGGGCCUGGCCCGCCGCCGCGGGAGAUGGGCGUCGCGGAGAUUGCGAAGAAGGUCGACGCCCUCAAGGCCGAGCUCGCUGCCAAGUCAUCCCGCAUCGCCGACCUGGAGGCGAGGGUCUCGCUCCUCGAAGCCGAGAACGCGCACUUGAGGAAGGCCAUGCCUAAAGGAGUGGCCAUGAACCAUAGAGGCAAGAGGGGUCCAACCUUUGGUCAACUGGAGGGGGAUCUCGGCGGAAACAAGCGAAAAUCAGCCCACAUCGCGGGAGGGCAUGUGAUGGAUGAUGUUAUAGAGGUCAGUGACGGCGAGGAAGAGGGGAUGGCUGUUGAUUUCAACAAUGGGGAGAGCGGGGAUGAGGGUGUUCCUGCUGUCCCGACUCCUAGCAAGAUUGCAGUGCGGGUGGUGACCGGCAAGAGGGAUGUUGCAGACGAGAUUAAGCACGUCGAUGGAGGUGGUGGACAAGACCAUGGGAGCGCUUGCUGUGAUGGAAAUGUGAUCUUGGAUGACGAUGAUGUUUUGAUCAUGCCGCGAGGCAAGAAGUGUGCGGCACGGGUCAUCAGUGACAAUGAGAGUGAGGAUGGAUAUGCGGAUGGUCAAGGGCAUGGAGAUGGGGAUGUGGGUGUUACAAGCAGCAGGAAACGUGUGUUGCGUGGAGUCAGUGACAGUGAGAGUGAGGAUGGCAGCGAGGGUGUUCCUGUGGUUAAUCAAAAACCUGUUUCGCCUCUAGUUACGACAGGGAUUGAGAGUGAGGAUGGUGAUGGUGAAUCAUAUGAGAUGGAGGGAUGUUCUACUCCCGCAACAAGGCGCUCGACUCGGUCAACUAAAGGUCAAUCAAAGAGAAUGCGACCUACACGUCGGGAACUUGAGUUUCUUGAACCCAAGACUCACGAAAAGAGCGAGGAUGAUUCGGAAGAGGAUGAUAGUAUGGAAAAAUUUAUAGUAGAUGAUUCAGAUUGUUCAGAAAAUUCUGCUGAUUCUGUUGAAGAAUCCUCUACAGGACCAGAAGAGUCUGACAAUGAGGAAACUUAUAAAGAUGUUAUGGAUAGGUUACGCGGCAAAAGGAAUGCCAAGAAUAAGGAUUGGAAGAUUGAGCCAGAGAUGCUAUCAGCAUUUGAUGAAUACCCUGAUCUUUGCCUGAAAGCUGUUUGUGCCCUCUAUCGAAAGCAGACCGAGGAAGAACAGGCUGAGAAAGCCACUAUCCUGCACAACAAAAAGGGAUUUAGCCAGAUAGAUGCCCGAAGAAAUCUAGGCCGCGCGGGUGUAGGUUUAACUGUCAACAUGUCAAACUCAGUUUUUAGGGGUUCCCACAUAGCGCAGUUUCUUCUCGACGGUGAUGCUGCUGGUCCGCUUAAGAAAACUGCACAGGACUUGGAAAAGUACGAUCGGUAUGCUCCUGAGUUCUGUCACAAGAUGGCUUUACGUUACUCGAAGCAGUUGUUUGCAAUAUAUCAGAAUAAGGAGGACCCCUACUUUCCAUGACUUUGGUGUUAGUUAUCACUUACUUCAUAUGCUGACUUUUCUGUGACCCUUGUACCUCCCCAAUCAGUCAGCGAGAGUCUUUUGUAUGUCUGGGUUUAGUUUUGUGUCUUCUUAAGUAGUCUGUAGUUAGGGCAUGGUAAAUUUAGUUUAUCACUAGGAUGCACACUGUUAAGUGAAGCAAGGGUCUGACAGGGUCUAUGUUGUUUAGCUGAAGUUCUUGUACUCCCUGUAACAUCCCUGCAUAGUACAUUUAUCUCUAUCCUUGACAUGUUACCCAAGGAGUUGUUGUUCUA